AUGGAUUUCGAGGCGCUGAAGGAUCAAUGGAGUGAUGUGGAGGACCGCGAUGGAAUCAGACUCAGCUGGAACACCUUCCCCAGCACUCGUAUGGAAGCAUCCCGCCUGGUCGUUCCUAUUGCCGCCGUGUACACACCUCUGAAGGAGAAGCCCGACAACCCAUUGCUCCAAUAUGAGCCCGUCACUUGCAAGCAGCCUUGCCGAGCCGUGCUGAACCCAUAUGCCACUGUGGAUGUCCGCGCACGAAUCUGGAUCUGUCCUUUCUGUCUCUCGCGCAAUCCUCUUCCCCCGCACUACAAGGAUAUCACGGAGAACACGAUACCCCCCGAACUCCACCCGCAGAGCACAACCAUCGAGUAUCAAUUGGCACGGCCUGCCCCCGCUCCCCCGAUCUUCGUCUUUGUCGUCGAUACUUGCCAGGAAGAUGACAGCCUGCAGGCUGUGAAGGACUCGCUCAUUAUGAGCUUGUCUCUUCUCCCUCCAAAUGCGCUGGUUGGUCUAAUUACCUUCGGCACAAUGGCCCAAGUUCAUGAGCUCGGUUACACGGAAUGCGCCAAGUCAUACGUCUUCCGAGGCAGCAAGGAAUACACCGCGAAGCAAGUUCAGGAGAUGCUAGGCUUGGCCGGUGGCGUGCGCCCCGGUGUUCCUCAGCAGCAACCCGCCCGUCCUCCCCUCGGCCCGGCCGCCCGCUUCCUCAUGCCCGUUCAGCAGGCCGAAUUCCAAAUCACCAACGUUCUCGAGCAAUUGCAGCGUGAUCCCUGGCCAGUGGCCAAUGAUAAGCGUCCCCUGCGCUGCACUGGUGUCGCCCUGAGCGUCGCCGUUGGUCUGCUUGAGACUUCUUUCCAGAAUGCAGGAGCCCGCAUCAUGACUUUCACCAGUGGUGCUGCCACUGAAGGCCCUGGUCACGUUGUUUCGCCCGAGUUGAAGGAGCCGAUCCGUUCUCACCACGACAUUGACCGGGACAACAUCAAGUACUACAAGAAGGCUGUCAAGUUCUACGACACCCUUGCCAAGCGGGCUGCCAACAAUGGCCACAUUGUCGAUAUCUUCGCCGGCUGUCUCGAUCAAGUUGGUCUCUUGGAAAUGAAGAACCUCUCCAAUUACACCGGAGGUCACAUGCUUCUCACGGAUAGCUUCACCUCGUCACAAUUCAAGCAGUCGUUCGUGCGCGUGUUCGACAAGGAUGCCAACGACAACCUCCUGAUGGGCUUCAACGCAUCUCUCGAGGUUCUCACAACUAAGGAGCUCAAGGUUACUGGUCUUAUCGGCCACGCUAUUUCCCUGAACAAGAAGUCCAGCUCAGUUGGCGAGACAGAAUGUGGUAUCGGUAACACAUGCGCGUGGAAGAUGUGUGGUAUCGACCCCUCUUCCAGCUAUGGUGUUUACUUCGAGAUUGCCAAUCAGGGCGGUCCCGCUGCCGUGCAGCCUGGUCCUCAGCGGGGUAUGAUGCAGUUCUUGACAUACUACCAGCAUUCUUCCGGGCACUACCACCUGCGGGUGACCACCACUGCUCGCCCCCUGAGCGGGCCUGCGGGUGACCCAACCCUGGCACAAUCCUUCGACCAGGAGGCUGCUGCUGUUCUCAUGGCCCGUAUCGCAGUCUUCAAGGCCGAGGUUGAUGACGGCCCUGAUGUUCUGCGGUGGGUUGACCGGAUGUUGAUCAGACUCUGCUCUCGCUUUGCCGACUACCGCAAGGAUGACCCAACAUCAUUCCGAUUGGAAAAGAACUUCACCCUCUACCCUCAGUUCAUGUUCCAUCUUCGCCGAAGCCAGUUCUUGCAGGUGUUCAACAACUCCCCUGAUGAGACUGCGUUCUACCGACAUGUCUUGAACCACGAGGAUGCCGGCGAUUCUCUUGUCAUGAUCCAGCCUACCCUCGACUCAUAUUCCCUGGAGCAAGAGGGAGCUCAACCCGUGCUUCUGGACUCCGCUUCUAUCCAGCCCGCGCACAUUCUUCUCCUCGAUACCUUCUUCCACAUCCUCAUUUUCCACGGUGAGACCAUUGCCGAAUGGAGGAAAGCAGGUUACCAGGACCAGGAAGGGUACGAGAACCUCAAGGUGCUCCUUGAGCAGCCUAAGGAGGACGCUAGGGAUCUUAUUGCUGACCGGUUCCCUCUGCCCCGUUUCAUCGUCUGUGAUGCCGGUGGUUCUCAAGCCCGUUUCUUGCUGUCCAAGCUGAACCCGUCGACUACCCACACCACGGGUGGAUAUGGUGGGGGUGUGUCAUCUCAGACCAUCUUCACUGACGACGUGUCGCUGCAGACAUUUAUGGACCACCUGAUGAAGCUUGCUGUAUCCGGAACUAGCUAA